ACCAACCGCAGCAAAAUGGCGGCGCGGGACCCCGGGCUUCGGAGCUCUCCGGAGUGGGGGGACUCCGAGCCUGAGGGAGAGACAGCGGCCGAGGACGAGGCGGGGGAGGCCGGAGACUGGCAGCAGCUGGAACCCGCAGAGAUCCGGAGGAGGCUGGACGCCACCAUAUGGGAGCUGGGGAACCGGAGGAAGAUCCUGAUCCGGAACCUCCCGCACGACUGCAGCAGCCAGGAUAUCCACGAUCUGUUGAAGGACUACGAGAUAAAGUACUGCUACGUGGAUAAAAAUAAGAAAACUGCCUUUAUCACACUGACGAAUGGAGAACAAGCACAAGAUGCCAUUUCCCGGUUCCACAAGCACGUCUUCCGGGAGAAGGAGAUUUGGGUUCAGCUGCAGCCGACCGAUGCCCUCCUGUGCGUCACCAACCUGCCCCCGUCACUUACCCUGCAGGAGUUUGAGGAAUUGGUUCGGUCGUACGGUAACACUGAGCGCUGCCUCCUGGUGUACAGCGAGGUCACCGGCUACUUCAAGGGCUACGGCUUUGUAGAGUAUAUGAAAAAGGACUCGGCUUCCAAAGCCCGUCUGGAACUGCUCGGGAAGCAGCUGGAGGACUUUACCCUCUUCGUCCAGUGGGUAGACGUCAAUCAGCUGACGGCGGAUUUUAUCCAUUCAAAGUGCCUGUUCGUGGACAAGCUUCCUAAAGACUACAGCAAUACCCAAGAACUGACGGAAAACUUCUCUUCUCUGUACAGACCGACGUUCUGCCAGCUGGCGGAAGAAGAGGGCGGUUAUUCUGCAGGGUUUGCGGUGGUGGAAUAUGAGACGGCCAAGCAAGCAGAGGAGGUGAGGGACUGUAUGGACGGGACGACUGUGAACGGGAGCAGGAUCCAGGUCUCCUAUUGUGCCCCAGGGUCCCCGGGCCGCAGCGUGAUCGCCUCCCUGGUGGCAGCUCAGGGAAUGGUGCAGAAUAACAGGAAGGGACUACUUCCAGAACCCAACACAGCGCAGAUCAUGCAGAGCCUGAAUAACCCGGCCAUGCUCCAGAUGCUCCUGCAGCCCCAAGGAAGGUCAGGGAAGCACGGUUCCUCCGGACGACAGCAAUUUCUUAAUCCCACAGUCAGCCAAGCACUUCUACAGCUCAACAAACUGCAUCAGAAGCCUGGACUUCCAGGGAACGUCCUUCUGCAAAAUUUCUCCCAUCUGCAAAUGGCCCAGCAGCAACUUCUGCAGCUCAAGGGCUCCCAAUCCAAUAAUAAUAAACCCGGCCUACUAGGAGAAGCCCCGGCUUCCAUCUUACAGUCAUCAAUGGGGACGGCGCAGACGGGAUCGGCAGAGACCACGCAGAGGGACAUGGCAAAAAACCUGUUACCCUAUUACCACAAUUUGCCUAGGACCCCACAGGACAAGCAGCCUGCACCUCUGGCCUGUGAGGGGGGGUCCCUCCUGUCAGGACAGAACCCAGCGCUCGGCUCUGCUAAUCCUGCCAAUUCACUGCAUGUGAACAAGGCGACCAACCAGACGUCACUGCUGGGGGAGCCGCCCAGAGACUUCCGGCUGAGCACCAACCCGUACCUGAACCUGGCCAGCGUUCUUCCUGGGAUGUCAAUCCGGGCGCUGCAGUCUCACGCUAUGGACGGACUCCUCUCUCAGGAUGCAGGAGCACAGCCCGCACUGGAUGGCUACUUUACCUACAGCCAGCAAUAUGGGGAUUACUCUCAGGAGGCCCUGCAGCAGUGGUAUGACCAAUAUUCCACAUAUAGCGGAACCCAAACUGAUGUUCCUGGUGACAGCAGCCAAUCGUCUUCCACUCUGGGUUACGGAGAAUACAACGCGUAUGUCCAAGCACCGCCCGCUUACUACGGAAACGCGCAAGGAUUGUACCAGCCGGGAGUUACGGCGUCUGCAGAAAAGAUAACUGGCAGCGAGAAGAGGACGUACAUCCUCUCCAGCCCAGACGCCGGCGCUGGAUACUCUGAGCACUAUGGCCGAGCCUCUGGCGACAGCGACGCCUAUUUCAAGAGGAAGAAGGUCUACUAACAUUUUGCACACGUACGUCUGCACCUUCGCACCCAAAGAUGCACAAUGUGGGUUAUACUGAUAUUUUUUUGAAGCCGUUUAGUCUGGCACUGAAAGGUUUAGAGUUGCCUAAAUGAAAAUAUAUAAAAAAAUAAAUAAAUAAAUGAAUUUCUCAGGCGGAAUUGUUAUAUAUAAAGCAGUUUAAAUCUCGGUGAAGAUUUGUAGAUUUUUUUUCUACACUUAGCUGUGACUGUUUUGGUUUAUAUUCUUAUGGCCUGCAAACUUUUUGUUUUUCUUUUGUAAAUAUGAAGCAAUAAAGAACUAGUGAACUUUU